ACAAGUUUGGCUAUGGCAAGAGAAGGAGUAAUUCUUGCUAUUUUGAUGCUGAUGGCAAUCUUGGUGCUUCAUUGCAAGAGCAGCCAUGGGGCGAAGCCUCCGGCUACCUAUACUGUUGGAGAUGGCUACGGUUGGUCAAUUACUAUAAGUAUGGAAGCUUGGGCUAAAGGAAAAAAAUUUUAUGCUGGUGAUAUACUUGUGUUCAAGUACGAUUAUCAGGACACUGAUGUGGUUGUGGUGGAUAGAAAAGGAUUUGAAACGUGCACAGUUACACCAAACGCUACCGUAUAUGAAUCAGGAUACGAUAAAAUCCAGCUUCGUUUUGGACCAAAUUAUUUCAUAUCAAGUAAUCCUGACAAUUGUCAAAGUAAUAUGAAAAUGGCAAUCAACGCCGCCGCCCGCCCGCCUGCCCGCGGUGCUCGGAAGAUCAAUCCCAAUUAGUUAGUUUUAUUUGUAUUAGUUUGUUAUUACGUAGAAUAAGCAUGUGAAAUAUCGAAGAAUAAUAAAAUCAUUCUCAUGAUUAAUAAAAUUAUUUUAAAUAUCAA